AGCCUGGGGGUCACAGUUACAGUCAAGAUCUGCCCAAAUACAUCACAGCCUCGUCCUUCGCUAAAGCGCGCGCCGCUGAAGUGAACGCUAUGCUGAAGGCUGUCAGUAAACCUGCAGGCAGCUGCCACAUCUUCACCGCUCUGCCGAAGCACAUGCGCAGACGAGCCCUGAGCCACAGCACCAAGAGACUGCCGAGCCGUCUGCGCGAGGGAGCUCAGAGACUGGCCGAGCGAAGUCAGCGUGCACCAGAGAAAGAGAAGAAGCAGGAGCCCAGAAGCAGGAGUCGUCGAGCGCGCCGCAGACACGGGAACCUGCUGCUGGAGUUCAAUCGCAGACAGAGGAAGAACAAAUGGCUGGAGACGCAUAUCUGGCACGCCAAGCGCUUCCACAUGCUGAAGACGUGGAGCUACUGUCUGCCGCUCAAACCCACGGCGAAGAGCUUCAGAGCCAGUUACAGAGCCAUGAACACGCACGCCCUGCUGCAGGGAUCUGAAGAAGAAAUGCUGCGAGCACUCGCUCGACUCACCAACAAACAAACAGGUACCACAUUCGCAGCGGCGUCGUGUCUCUCAGGUGCUCGUCAGGGCAGUGUUCAUCUGUACAAAGCAGAUCAGUUUCCUGAAGGCUCUCUGGGUCCUGCUGACUUCCUGUGGAGGCCCCGGGUCCCUGACGCCUCAGACAGACAGCUGUGGAUCUGGAUCCAAACGGCCCUUAAACAGGAUGUGCUGUCGGAGCUGCAGCUGGUGUGUCAGUGUUUCGAGGCCGUGUCCGUCUCGGAGGAGUCUCGUCCCGCUGUGGAGCUGCCUGCAGGGAGGAAGAGGAAGAGAGACGAAGCUGAUGCUGAGCAACCCUCCAAAAGGCUGUUGGGUGACGGGACGCGGCCUGCAGGAGCCCCUGUGCGCUGGCAGUCCCCUGACACAGCCAUCACCAUCAGUGACCUGACCAUGGAGAUUGUGCGCUAUCGUCUGAUUGGUCCGCUGGCCCACGUGGUGCUCACAGACACACUCCAUCCAGCCAGUGAGGAGCUGAGAAGUCGCAGUACAGACGAGGCCGGUGUGAGCGUCCAUCAGCAGCAGACAGACAUAUUCCACCUGCUGAGAGGAGUGUGUUCGACAGCAGAGCUCCCAGCAGGCUGUGUGUUGGGACUGACUGUAGAUGAUCCCAGACUCACUUUACCUCAGAAACGUGGUAAAUCUGUACCUGACCUACAGCAGAGCGCAGAGGACAGUGGUGUGAGAGAUCUGACUCUCAAAGGAGUUGCGGCUCACUGCAGUCAGAGUGCAUUGUGGGACGCGUCUGCUCGAGACCGUGUGACGCACAACCGACUGUCUGAGCAGGAGCUGAACAGGAAGAGGACUGAGCUGCUGGUUCCGGGUUCGAGGCUGUCGGCUGCUCCUCAGGCUGCUGUUCCUCUGCUGCUGGUUCAUCAGGGCGGUCGUGUUCGGGGCGAGGAGCGUCUGCAUUGGGGCUCCGGCUGGGAUCUGCUGCUGCCCAAGGGCUGGGGAAUGGCAUUCUGGGUCCCUCUGGUGUAUCGUGGUGUUCGUGUCGGAGGCCUCCACAUGAGUGUCAAACACUCCCAGUUUAUGGGUCAGCCUCACUUCCCUCACGAUUACCCAGACUGCCCUGCAGGAGUGCGCUUCCAAUCAGAGCAGGAGGCGGAGCUUCUACAAAAGUUCAAAAGACGUCCUCCAUCCAAACGCACCAACUACAUCAAACAUGGCUGCUUAGCGCCGUUCCGUUGCCCCUGGCAACAGCUGACGGAGGAGUGGGAGGAGCUAGUGAAUCUGAGCGCAGAGACAACAGGCGGCUGCAGAACCGGACCCUUCACUGUUCUGAGGAGUCUGAAGGUGUUGCGGCGGCUGUCGGCGUGGAGUCAUCCCUCGUCUCGCAGGAGCUCCUCAGCGCUGACCCAUGCGACGGCCGCGGCGCUGCAGCAGGAGUGUGGGCCGAGUCUGGUGUGGGUGCGUCUGCGUCUGUUGGGUAAAGGCCAGCCGGCACUGCAUGCCAUGGUGUGCAUCCCGACGACCUCUGACCUCCAGCUGCUGCUUAAAGAUGCACACAGCAGCGGCCCGCAGGAGCCUCGACACAAAGACCACCUCAAACGCCUGCGUCAGAACACAACCGGUCCUGAAGAUCCGGCCCGUGCCGUGAGGGGUGUGUGUCCGGCGCCGCUGCCCAGUGUUCUGCCCCACUGCAGCCGGCUGACUCUGGGCUGGGUGACGCAGGGAGACUUCUCUCUGGCUGCAGGCUGUGGCGAGGCGCUGGCCUUCAUCAGUGUGUCUGGACUCCUGCACACCAUCCUUCAGCAGCCGCAGGAGCAGCGCGGCCUCGUUCUGCUGCGAAACCCCUCGUCACUGCAGUACCGCUUCGCUCGCAUCAGCAUCGACGUGUGAAGCAGAGCCACACUGUGGCGUGUUCACGGACCGAUGCAUGUCACACUGCCAGGACUCCAUACACAGGAGAGCAUGUGCUGAAACUUUUUUGUUGUGUUUUUUGAGAGAGAGAAACUCUUUACAUGUUAAAAUGUGUUUUUUGUUUUACUGGAAUUUGAGAACGAUUAAUAAUCAGUGCCAAUUAAAGCACUUUACCU